GAGUCGCUUCUAUCAUCAUCGACUAUGGAGGACAAACCGAGACCAGAGAUACAAGCGGGUAUUUACCCAACUGAGGUUAUUAGAGACGUCGCUGAGAGUGUCGGUAUAACGGGCUUAACUGACACAGUAGCCACCGGUUUAGCCGGUGAUGUUGAAUAUCGUAUCACUCUUCUCAUUGAGGAAGCAUCAAAGUUUAUGAAGCACUCAAAACGCACAGCCCUUCUUCCAUGCGAUAUAGAAAACGCUCUUAAAGUGCUCAACAUCGAACCUCUCUAUUCUCCACACCCUGCAACUUCUAUACCAACUUACAGGAGGGUAGCUACACCAGCAGGUCCAGUAUUUGCAUUAGAGGACAAGGAAAUCGACUUCGAGAAGGCACUCAGAGAGCCACUCCCUAGGUUAUCAAAGGGUCCUUCCUACACUUCCCAUUGGCUCGCAAUUGAAGGCGUUCAGCCACUCAUACCACAAAACCCUGCACCGACCGACAAUGGCCCAAUGCAUCAACUCGCGCCAGCCCAAGCUGCUCUCAACAACAACAACAACAAUGGCGCUGGUGUAGGUGGUACUGCUUCCACUACUAUACAUCCACCAGUCAAGCAUCUUCUCUCACACGAGUUGCAAUUAUACUAUAUCAGACUAACUUCAGCACUUUUGUCGCCAGCAACUAACGUCCCAGAAGCUAGGGAGGCUGCUCUCGCCAGUUUGCGCGGUGAUCCAGGUCUAGGUGGCUUGGUUCCAUACCUCGUCAGAUUCGCAGGAGAGAAAGUUUCAACAAAUUUAUCGAAUCUGGAUAUUAUAGAUGCCAUGGUUGGUGUUGUGCACUCACUGAUAGACAAUCAGACUUUGUUCAUUGAACCUUACCUCCAUCAAAUACUCCCAUUGCUACUUACCACUCUUCUCACUUCUUCAUAUCCAGCACCACCCGACCAGAAAGCACUGUGGUUACGCCAGAAAUCCGCCUCACUCAUUGCUAGACUACUGAAUGACUACAGCAACAGUUAUCCAACACUCUCUGGCAGAGUAGCAAAAACUCUUUUUAAAGCCCUCAGCGGAGAUGACCAAGUACUUGGAGAGUCUGCUAGCACGGAUAUAGGUACAAGAUUUGGUAGUGUGCUUGGUCUCAAGGCCAUCGGAAAAAACACGGCAGUUCGAGCACUCAUACAUGAGAAAGGUCUUAAAGGCCUUAGUGAGCUUGCCGAAUCUCUCAACGAUGAAGCGAAGAUGCAGAUGAUCGAUGUCGUUAUUGAAGUUCUAGCAGAAGUACUACCAGAGGCAAAGGCUGUUGAGAUCAAUUCAAGUCAGAUAGAGGACACAUGCGGAUCUUUGAUAGCUUCCCAGAUCCCAGUCAAGAAACCUGAAUUAACCUCAUCUAUAGCAACUGCUUUGCAGGAAGAGUCAGGCGCUGAAGAAAACGUUUGAAAUAAUUGUAUAUUAUUAUUGUUAUUGUGUUUAAGUAUAGUUUGGUUGCCCAAAUGAGAAAUGUUGCAAAAUUACUUGAAAGAGUUCAAUAUGGGACGUCAAGAGCGCAACGUAUGUAAACAGAAAUUACAUAAAUACUCAAUUGUGAUACACGGUUCUAUCAACGAAAAAUUUCAUUCAGAAAUUCAAUCCACUCAGCGUCUAAAUUAGCAGAACUAGCCAUAGUUGCACUCAUACUUGCACUGCUGCCCACCAAUUCACCUAGCCAUUCUGUCACAGAAGCAUCGAGGGUGGAAUGUCGAGUAUGCAGUUGCAAAACAUCAAUGAGCUGCUCAAACAACUCUAAAGCCUUCCUGACUACACCAUCACUUCUGCUCUUCACUCUGAGCACUCUCAUUCCAAUUUCUAGAUGCUGUAGUUGAGGUUGUAUAUCUCUUGUGCUGCUCGUAUCUAUGCAGACACGACAGGCUUUUAACAUCACGAUACCAGUUGCAGAAAUAACCUACCAUGUGAAUAUGAUUAACUUCCUGUUUCCCAAAAAAUUACAUACUUACACUCCAAUUCAAUAAUGCGUCUGUAUAAGUAACUACUAAUUCACUCUCACAAUGCAUAUAAUGCAAUGUAGACAGUAUGGUUUUCGCAGCUUCUACGCAAAUUUCUAGAUUAUGUGACGUAGAAGUAAGUGAUUUCUUAUUGAUAAAUAUUUUAACGACGUUAUAUCCAAUCACUUUCAAGCAUUCAAAUUGAGAAGGUAAUUGAGUUGUUGAAAUGUAAUUAUUUCGCCAGCUAUCCAACUUCUCGUUUAAAUCGUCCACAUUUGUAGACCCAUUUACUGCAUAAAACAUAUCAACAACGUCGCCAACAAUACCAUAAAGUUUGAUCAUCGCGUUGAAGUGCGAAACAAUGUUAAUACCCUCAUCAUCACAUGUAGUAGGACAUUCAAUUUCCAAUGGAGCCAUUAAAGCUCUUCUUCCAUAACUUGCCGCGAAGGAUUUAUCAAGCACGUACAAACACCAUAACGCGCGCUUACUUUCUUCAGUGUGCAACCUUCGCAAUCUAGUAUUUUCGGUCAAGAGCACCCCCAAUCCACACAGAGACCAACAGCUCCGGAAGUAUUUUUGUGUGUUCUGCAUAGCAAGUACUGCCAGGAUUAUGGCUUGGAUGUUGUAGAUUGAGAUUGAGAUCUGCAGGUGUGGAUCAGGACAUUUGGAGAUGUAUCUCUGAAGGUAUGUGUCAAAUAGUUGCGUGUUGCUGUCGUUGUCGUUGUUUUGUGUAUUAUCUCUAUACAAGGAUCCCAGUGCACAGACUAAUAUUAACACACUACCGAAAUCCCUGUCCAGCUUUUUUGCUGUAAUGUUCUCAAUGAACUGUCGUCUACUUGGGAAUAGUGGUAGCGUUGGAUU